AUUCCGUCGUGAAUUCUCACAAAAAAUAAACCCCUCUGUGUAGCUCUAGAGCACCACAAUUAUCCUGCGAAAAAUCUAGAGAUUUCACACAAUGGCUGUCAUAAUUCGCCCAGCCGUGGAAGAAGACCUUGCACAGGUUCUGGAUAUCAACACGUACUAUAUCCGCGAAACCGUCGUCACAUUUGCGCAGAAUCCCCCGCCAUUGUCAUCCCUCGUCGCGAAAUUCCACGAUAUCACCUCUCGGGGCCUGCCUUUUCUUGUAGCCGUCGAGACGGGUCUUACCAAUGGAGACGCAGAAAACCGCGGGGGCGCAAACGCUCCCACGGACAAAGUCAUCGGAUACACAUAUCUGUCUCCGUUUCGAGGCGGCAUGCUGUCCUACGGACCGACAGUAGAGCUUUCUAUAUUCCUCCAUCCUUCGCACACCUCUAGUGGGACAGGCUCCCGGCUGCUCUCGACAUUGCUCUCGCUGCUUGGACCAUACAAUGGCUCUCCAAAAGUCGAUGGUGUGAAGCACCUUGCGCGCGAACAUGUUGGACAUCCAGAACACGAAAUUUUCUCGCCAGAAGGCGGGGUCCCUGUUCGAAGCGUCAUUGCGUGUAUGUCGUUGGAUACGGAAAAGGGCAAAGACAGCGGCGAGGGACUGCGGCGCUGGUACGAGCAAAGAGGAUUCGUUGAGAGAGGAAGACUGAAGGGUGCUGGGUUCAAAAAGGGCCGAUGGAUCGAUACGGUAUAUCUUCAGUACACUGUUCCCGAACAGUGAAUAUCGAGGUGAUAGUUUUUGAAGCUUCUGGUGUAUAUCCUCGUAAUGAGAGUGGCGUUUUGAAUUAAUAUAGAAUAGAAGGUUGCGCGGGUGCAAAGGGCAUAGACUUGAUUUUGUUAGAAUAUAGCGAUCGCUGGAUCUUGCAUACUUGUUUGCAACUGCUGGAGUACAUAUUUGACAGAAGCAUGCAGGACGGUAGAAUAGACGCAAUUAGCACAGUGUGGC